AUGGGUAAAUCCGACAAAUACAACUAUGGCGUAGUGCUUGAUGCUGGUUCAUCAGGCACACGCGUGUACAUAUACCGCUGGCUGAGGAAUGCGCUGGCCCGAGCACAAGAGUCGACAAUUCACAAACUUCCCGAACUCGAAACAAAGGACAAAUGGACGAAGAAGGUACAUCCAGGUGUCUCUACCUUUGGCGAAACACCUGAACUUGUUGGCACAGAUCAUUUGAAGGCUCUGGUCGGUCAUGCUGUUGAAUAUAUACCAAAAGAUGCAAUACCAAACACGCCUAUUUUCCUACUUGCGACGGCAGGAAUGCGUUUGCUUCCUGAUCAACAAAGGCGAAACGUCCUAGACUCCAUAUGCUCCUAUUUGAAGACCGAAACCGAUUUCUUCCUUCCUGACUGCGACCUACAUAUCCAAGUGAUUCCUGGCGAAACUGAAGGAUUGUAUGGCUGGGUUGCAGCCAAUUAUUUACUAGGUGGCUUCGACAAUGCGGAAGAGCACGAUCAUGGAAAAGGGCAUCGUACAUAUGGUUUCCUUGAUAUGGGUGGUGCAUCUGCACAGAUAGCCUUUGCCCCAAACAGUACUGAGGCAGAGAAGCACGCAAACGACCUGACUCUUAUGAGGUUACGGACAGUGGAUGGUGUGUCGCAAGAAUACCGCGUCUUCGUUACGACAUGGCUGGGUUUUGGAGUCAACGAAGCGCGAAGGCGUUAUGUCAAGCAGUUGCUCGAUACAUAUGCCGUCGAAGCGCUUGACGAGAUUCCGGACCCCUGCUUACCUCAUGGUGUAAUACUCACUAUUGACGGCGAACUGCUCGCGGAAAAGGAUGUUGGACAACAGCAUUUGAUAGGCAUCGGAGCCUUUGAUGAAUGCUUGCGCCGAACUCUCCCGCUACUUGAAAGAGAAAAGGAGUGCUUGGAUGAGCCGUGCCUAUUCAAUGGGCAACAUGUCCCAGCCAUAGACUUCGACGUCAAUCACUUUGUUGGCAUCAGUGAGUACUGGCACACAACACACGAGAUCUUUGAGAUGGCGCAUAAGGACAAAUCCUACGAUUUCAAUACCUACCAGAAUAGGGUAGCAGAGUUCUGUUCCCAAGACUGGAAAUCGAUCGAGACAGCUAUUGGCGAUAAACUCUACGGCAAGAAAGUGGACGAACAGACAGCAUACCAAGUGUGCUUCAAGGCGAGCUGGCUCAUCAAUAUUCUGCACGAUGGUAUUGGUGUCCCAAGAGUCGGACUCGAACACAACCCUACCACAGCCAACGGCACGAAAGAAAUCAUCGAAGCAGGGAAGGAGAAAGGCUAUCUAGAACCCUUCCAAGCUGUAAACAAGAUCAAGAGCACAGAGAUUUCAUGGACGAUGGGUAAGAUGGUGCUCUACGCAUCAGCUGACGUACCAGCACUUGAAGAACAAGCAGCUCCAGUGGGAUUCGGAAGCAAUGAUGGUUCUAUUGUGCCCGCAGACUUUCAGCUACCAGGAGGCGGUCGAUUACAGCCAGGCUCGUUAUCAGUGCCUGACCAGAGCAUAACCAGCAAAAUCACUGACACGCUAUUAUCGUCUGAUUCACCACACCGGAUACCUGGCUUUCUCUUCUUCCUUCUUAUUGUGUUCAUCGCCUUUUUCUAUCUUCGGAAACGUAACGCGAACAAAGCAGGGACGCUUCCAAGACGCACGAGUUCGCAAACCCUGUUUUCGAAGUUCAAUAGGCUCCUGGGUCGAAGGAAUGCCUCAAAGGACUACGACCGUGAGCUGGAAGAUGGCAGUACGCGUCUUUAUGAUCCGAAUGACUUUGAGCUCGGCGCGAUGGAUAGCAGUGAUGAUGAUGAAGUAGCAUCGAAGCCAGCAAGUGGUUAUGCCUCGCCUACAACGAAAAGAAAUGUUAAGUCGGGUGGUGUUGCAGGGAGACUGACGCCUGACAUUAUGGACAGGAGGGGAUUACUCGUUAGAACCGAGUCAAGGGAAAGGUUUGAUGGUCUUGGCGGGAGGAAGAGUAGACAAGGAAGUCGGAGUCCGACAAGGAGAGAUAGAUGA